AUGAGUUUUGAAGAGGAAAAAAAGAACCAGCAAGUAGAGGUGGACAUAGAGGAGGUCAAUUCUCAAGCUCCCGCUUUGGUUGUGCAAAAUAAAGACGGCGAAGAAUUAAAGCGGGCUCAUAUUGUAGAUCAACCAACAACUACAAAAUGGGAAGUUUUCAUGUAUGCACUCUACUACUUUGGAAAUAAUUCUUCCGGCCCCUCUUCUUUCACGCCCACCCAGUAUCAGAACUUGUUGAGUCAAUCUGGUUGGAUAAAAGGAAACCGGAAAGCUUCAUGUUCGGAUGAUCCCAACGGACUGUGUGUGGUUUCGUUUGCCGGUACGACCAAGACAGUGAAUUCGGUGGUGUUACUUAACCUGGGCAUUGGUUUUGCAUUGCAAUCGGUGGUUUUCUUGUUUCUUGGAGGUUUGUCCGAUUAUGGCCAAUAUGGUUCUUGGGUACUUAUAGGCCUUUCGUUGUUGAGUUGGGGAGUUCAAUUGGGCUUCUUGGGUGUUCAUGAUGGAAGCAAACACGAAGCAGCUUUUGCAUUGAGUGUGCUUGCCUCGUUAGGGUACCAUGGAUGUCAAUCUUUUUGGACGGCCAUGUUUCCACGUUUGGCAAGAAACUUGCCAAAGACAAGAGAAGCAGAAGAAAAAAUGCUCAAUGGCACAAUUCUGGAAUCUGAGUAUCACAGUGUUGACUCUUACUAUCGUAACAAAAUCUCAAAUUACAGUUUUGCAUUUUCCAUGGUUGGUUUCGUGCUCGUGUGUGCCAUUUCAAUUGGCAUUUUGAAGGGCAUGGAUUCUACCGCCAGUGAUGCGAACAACAAUUGGUCUAUGUCCAUCUGUAUUAUGACUGCAACAGUGUGGUGGAUCGUAUUUGGUACUCCUUGGUUCUUCACCGAAAAGAAAAGAGUCAAUGAAAAGUUACCCGAAGGUGUGAGCUACUGGACCUUACCCUUUAGACAAUUGGUAUAUGCGUUCAAGAGUUUUGUGAAGUUGAGGCAAACUGCGUUAUACUUGUUCUCCUACUGGUUGUUGGGUGAUGGCUUGAACACCUCUAUAAGGCUUCAAUCGACUAUUCAGAACGAAGUGAUAUCUUACGAUAUGGUCACUUCCAUGUACAUGAACUUUCUUAACGGUGGCACCAGCAUAGUAGGUGUGUUAAUGUUCUGGUGGCUCCAGAAAACCUUCAAAAUUUCCACGAGAAACAUGUACAUUUUGUGCUCUAUUUUCAUUACGUUGUUUCCACUUUACGGAUUGAUUGGAACCUGGACAAACAAAAUUGGUUUCCAUAACGUUUGGGAAAAUUGGUUCUACAACGCCUACUAUGGUUUGCUCAUUAAUCCGUAUUAUGUAUAUUCAUCAACAAUGAUGAGUGAAGUUUGUCCAAGAGGAAGGGAAUUUGUGUUUUUCGCCAUUUUCAGCACUAUUAACAAAACCUCAAGUUUAAUUGGACCUUUUGUUUCCUCCGCCAUCAUUGAAGACACGGGAAACAAUAAUACUGGGUUCUCCUUCCUUGUGGCAAUAUGCAUCUUGUCGUUGGUGUCCUCAUGUUUCUUGGAUCAAGACAAGGCAAGAGUUCAGUCUGAGGAGUUUUUACUCGAGGAACAAAGACGGAUAGCGUAUGGUGAGUCGCUCAUAUUCUAA